UUCUAUAUAAACAGAUCUAGCCUGCAUACGUUUAACUGGUUAUCUUGUGCAAGAAAGUGAUCACCGUUAGAAAGUAAGAUGUUGAUUUGGAUUAUUCUGACCACAAACCUUUUGUGUGUCUUGGGGACCAAUUUAAUGCAUAUUCCCUGUGACGACAAGGUCGUGGAGAAGUUAUCCCGCCUGGCCACCACGUACAUAAAUGAGGACAGACAAACAGGUUACAAAUUUGCACUCAAUAGAAUCUCAAACGUCCAGGCACAUCCACAGGGUCCAGCUGGAAAGGUCUAUUAUCUGGAUUUAGAUGUCCUGGAGACCAAGUGCCAUGUCCUUAGUCCAAAAUCAUGGAAAAAGUGUGCUAUAAGACCUUUCAUGGAAACGCAAAUCUCUGGAAACUGCAACACCACAAUACUGCACACAACUGAGGGGUUUUCCUAUCUAUACACCUAUGACUGCACACUGGUUCCAGAUCCUCCAGAGAAGUUACAGUUGACGUGUCCGGAUUGUCCUUUGCUAUUGCCAGUAGACAGUGAAUCAGCCAUCUCAACUGCUCGAAUGACCCUCCUUAAAUACAACAGACAAAGUACACUUCCAGUCAGCUUUACUGUGGACACAAUUACCAGAGCCUCACAUCAGAGUUCACCUGUUUCUGCAAGCUUUGUGGAGUACACUAUUCAGGAAUGCUCCAACGCACCAUUUUCUGAGGUUCUGUGUGAGCCAGGACACAAAGAGAAAGAGCCCGUUGGUUUCUGUGUUGGGUCGGUUCUUGGCACUGAUCACAGCCAGCAGGAUGUGAAGGUGUCCUGCGAAAUAUUUCGGCCACAGGUGAAUGUUGUCAACCCAACGCAGCAUAAGCAGAUGUUAACCACGCUUUCCAAGACUUCAACCCAUGAGAUUCAUACUCCUCAUAUCCCUGCACCCCCACUCCAGGAUGUCAAACCAGAAACACCUCAGCUAGCUGACCCUGCGUAUCAGGCUGUCCCCGCUGAACCCAGACUACAGCAGGUGUCGAGUGCCACCCUCACCACCUCUUCCAGCGAAUCAAAUGAGUCUGCUGAGACUGGCUCAGACUCAUCUGAGGAAAUGGAAGGAUCUGUACGCAUUGCUAAACCUCCACUAAACUUCCGUUACGUGCAGCACCGCCAGAGGCGGCAGACGACCACAGACACCACACCCCUUCAUUUACCAACGUUCUUGAGCGUUUUUCCCAGUAUUCCUUCCCCUUUUCGUUCAUGCCCAGGGGUCUCUCGCUACACCACUGUGUAAAGGGGUUACAAAUAAUGAGCACUCUGAAAUUGAGCUCAAAGACAAAUGCUGGAAAAAAAAUUCAGAUAUGUCAAUUACAAGCUCUAAUCCAAUUUUUUUGCACUUGUUUUGUACUAGUGGUGCAGGAAUGACAAAAUACAGUUUCAAUUAAAUACAACAUAGACAUUUAAUGAUGAGUAUAUCUAUGCCUGAUAAUUCAUUUUAAGACAGGAUUAUUUAAUUUGUAUCGUAUUAACUGUACUAUAUUGGCUUAUAGUAUUGCAUUAUUGACAUUUAUAAGAUUACUUGUUGUCGAACGAUUUGACAUGUUUGACAUACACUAAAAGUAGAUGUGAUGUAGCAUAUCUGACAUAAGAAGUGACAUAACAUUAGACGUAACAUAUUAUUAAUGUUAACAGAUUAUUAACAGGUUUUAAUCAUUCUCUAAGGUGGUAAACUUAUUUUCUGGUGAUCUGAUCUUAUAGAGCAACAUUUUUACUUUUUAAUUCUGGGAUAUGAACUAUUAUAUUUGUCAUAUUUUACCAAGGUAUAAAUACCUAAAGAACUACAAGUGGUGUUAUGCAUUUCAAAUGUCAUAUGAGAAAAUCCAGCUAUUGUAACUUUGUGAUUGUUUCAAUAUCAUUCAGUUGUUCUCAAUUAAAUUGAAACGCAUACA